CUGCAGUCGGUGAGCCUCAGAGAUGAAGCCUGCUCCGCUGCCAGCGCCUCUGCCUCUCUGUGCCCUUCUGAUCAGUUUCUCCGGAGCCCUAAAUAUCACGGUCCCCUCAGAGCCGGUGCAGGGGUCCGUUGGUGACUCUGUCCUUCUGCCGGUCACGUACAGCCUCGCUCAGCCUCCGACCACUCUGCAGGUCAUCUGGAACCAUGACAAUUCUAUCGUCCUGUUUUCAGAGAUGACAAUGUGCGGCACCGAGACACCUCAGGCCCUGAGGAUUUGCGACGAGUAUCACAUUUCGGUGGGAAGGUAUCGGCACAGGGUGGUCUUCUACCCAGAAAAUGCCUCCCUCCUGCUGAGGGGCGUCCAGCGGAAUGACUCGGGGCGAUACACGGUGACCUUUCAGGAGCUGAACCAAAGCAGAUCCAUGAUGCUGGUCGUGCACGACCCUGAGGCGACAUCCAGCGACCCGGACUUGAUAUAUUCCCAUAAUGAAGAGGACGAUGGACGGCGCGUUAUCCGAUCCCUGGCCGUACGAGGAAUGUGUGCGGCCAUUUUCAUUCUGCUUAUGAUUGGUCUGCACUGUACGUGGUGGAGACAGGUCAGAAAAUAUCAGACGGAAAUUAUUUGAAGAUAAAAAUGGGAAAAAAAGAAAAUUAUUUUAUUUUUAUUUUUAAAAGUGUAGCAAAAUAAUUGCAGAAAUAAACUUUUCUUAU